UUCCCUCUCUCUCUCUCAUUCCGACCUCGUUGAUUCUGAGGGACUAUGUUCAAUUUGGCGUUUAUUGAUCUAAGAAAACAUUUUUCGGCUCCGGGUGAUGUUGUUCCCUUGUUUGAGACGAGCAUGAGGAAAUCUGUGUGUUCUCGUCUCCUUUGUGUAGCUCUUUAUUUUAAGAGAAAAACUGGGAUCCCCACCAAACACAUGGCCAUCUGUCGCCCACUGCCAUCUUAGACCACCUUCUUUUUUAAGAUGGAAAAGGCCAGGAACAUUCUGUAAUCUUUGGUUCAUCGAGAGCAGGACCUCCUCUGUCAGAAACACGAACAUGGGAUUCUUCUCUUUGCUGGGGGUCUUCCUUCUUUUCCUUUGUUCUUUAUCCAUGGCUUGUGAUCGAUGCGUGCAUACUUCGUCUGCUGCUUAUUAUUCUUCUGCUUCUGUUCUCUCAGCUUUGGAUUUCAAUGGAGGAUAUGUUGGGACAGCUAAUUCUAGUUUGUUCAGGGAAGGAAUCGGUUGUGGAGGAUGCUUGCAGAUAAGGUGCAAAAAUCCAAGGUUGUGCAGCAGCCGUGGGGUGAAGGUGGUGCUAACAGAUAAUAAUUCUAACAAUGAAACCGAGGUUGUGGACAUUGAAUACCCGAGGUUGUGGACAUUGAAUACAAGAGGUAAUGAAAAUUUGAAAUGGCGAUUUCCACCACUUUUUCUGUGUUUCAUUUGGUAUUACAGACCGGAUUGUCUCACUUGUUGUGAUAACGAAUUUUGCUCGGAGUACUUAUAAUUUCAUAGCAACUGCUGACAGCAGAAAAUUAUUAUGGAAUUCACAGUUCUAGGCAUGUUUAAAUACGCAGGAUACCCUGUAAUUAUGCAAAAGUGCAGUGUGUGUUUGAGGGGAUUGUAAUGGCGAUUUCCUUUGUUUAUUUAUUAGACGGACAACACUUUUUA